CGGCACGAGCAAACACCUCGGCGCCUUCAAACGGCCCGUGCCGCCGUCGUGUACGCUCGCACCACCGAGGGCAAGGCGGACACAGUCACUCACAUAUGUGGCAGCUGCUCCCCCUGAUCGGCGUCCUCUUCCUUCUGCUCGCCAACGUGAUCGAGCACGUCUGCUAUCGGCUCAGCUCGCGGCGGGGCACGAUGCAGUCGCGGCUCGAUGAUGGAGUCGCGGCGGCCGAGGAAGACGGCGACGACAGCGACUUUGAGGACGAAAAAGACGCCGCGGGCGCCGCUGGUGCGGCGUCGGCCGAGGCGGUGUCGCGCCAGCUCUUCGUGGCGCGCUGCUGCGGCCUCCUCCUCGCCGGCCUCCUCCUCCUCGGCUCGGCGGCGCACGACGAGGCCAUCGCCUCUGCAGCACAGCUGCCUCCAGCACCUCCCGUGGGCCCGCCGCCUUCUCCGCCACCCGCGCCGCCGCCGCCGCCGCCGCGACCGCCGCCGCCGCCGCCGCCGCCGCCGCCGCUCUGCGCCUCGUGCCUCGCCUCCCCGCUCUCGCCUUGCUUCGAGGACCCCUCCUGCGCCACCAGACGCGGGGCCAUCGGCUGCAACGCGCAAGGCCACCUCACCUGCCGCUUCUGCGGCGAGCCGCCCCUCGUCCCCUGCCCGCUCCUCGGGCCAGCCUCCCCCUCCUCGCCCCCCGAGCCGCCCCUCGCCCCGCCAGACCCGCCCUCACCCUCGCCGCCGCCCUCGCCGCCGCACCCGCCCCCCUUCCCUCCGGUGUGGCCGUGGCCGACUGCAGCCGACCAGUGCCCGCAGCGGCACGGCGCGGCGGGGCCGCGCGGCGACGCGUGGAGCAGCGGCUCGUACCUCGACUGCUGCGGCGGGCUGCGAGUCUCCUUCCGAGACUACCGCUACCUCUGCCACCUCUCGCCGCCCCCCCCGCCGCUCUCGCCGCCGCCUCCGCCUCCGCGCGACGGAGUGCGCUCCUUUUACAUCUACCGCGCCCAGUCGGACGUCGACUACCCGAUCGGCAACCACAACCUCGCCAACCUGCCUGGCGUGCUCAAGUACGUCCACUCCGAGGCGGUCGGCGCGCAUGUUGGGCAUCACGAUGUUGACGCGUUACCCUAUAGGCUCGACUUCCUCAACCCUCCCCCCUUCGGCGCCGGGUUCGGGCCCUUCGUCGCAUUCGACCGUGGCAGGUGCACCAUCUACGAGUGCGCGACGCAGGCCGACUUUUGGACGGCCCGAGGCGGCUUCUACGUCGGCUGCCAGGAGGCGGAGCAGCUCGGCUACGAGGGCGCCGCCUGGUACUCGCUAGCAGGCAGCUGCCCAGGCGAGGCGUGGGAGCGCAAGGGAGCGGCGUGCAAGCGGCUGCAGCGAGGAGGGGAGUGCGCGCACAGCAGGCGACCCGACGGCAGCCCGACAUGCACCUGGCGGCUCCACCCGAUGGGCGAGGUGCGGCUCGACGACCUCUCUCGCAUCUCCGACGGCGGCUACCGGCGCUACCAGGACUACUGCGACGCGGGCCACGCAGAGGUUGGCGAGCUCAACAACGGCCAGCGCCGGUCGCAGGGCGGGGUCUGCUUUUGGGACAAGCCCGGCGACCCCACGGCCAACGCGGAGAGGGUAGCGACGGUGGAGGCCGAGUUUCGGCGGCGGUACCCAGAGUCGCCGGAGCUGCCGGCGACGUACGACUGUCAGUAGGGAGUACGCGGGUGUGCGAUUUUUACGCACGCGUGCAGGCAGUAUUGAGUAUAGGAGCAUCUUGCUUUUUGGUGCUGUGGAGAGAGAGAGAGAGAGAGCACUUGAUGUGUAACCCAUUCUUGUUGCAUCCUCAACUUCACA